ACGAUGUCAUUCACUGUACGAAGUUGGGCUUUUUAGAUUGUCUUGUGGUCCAGUACACUGUAGGACGUGUCAGACAUAAACAUGUUCAGUCGUAGUCAUAUCUAUAUACACGAAAACUUGUAAGCAUGACUUCAUCAGAAUGGGUGAACCUUAUCUUGGACUUUGCACCUGGUAUAUUUGCAGCUUUAUUUUAUGGUAUUGUAUCAGGAUCAAUGUCAUUUAUGAAUAAGACUGUUUUAACAGGUUAUAGCUAUCACUAUCCUGACAUUGUAAUGCUGUCGCAAAUUGUUGCAACAUCAAUAGCGUUAGAAGUGUGUAGAAGGAUUAACAUGUGUGAUAUACAACCAUGGACUUUAAAGAGAGGUAAAGACUUUGCUAUCCCGAGUUUCUGUUUCGCUCUGCAUACGACCUUAGCACUGGCAGCUCUAGAUGACUUGUCCAUACCCAUAUAUAAUGUGUUGCGUCGCAUGCUUCCUCUCGCCAGCCUAAUCAUGAGUGUGAUUGUGUUGCAGAAAUAUCCAUCCAGAGGAACCGUGGCUUCAGUUUCUCUCAUUGUGACUGGAACUUUAUUUGCAGGGAUUGGAGAUUUAAGUUUUCAAGUUAUUGGAUACAGCAAUGCCAUCCUGAGUGUACUGGCACAGAGUGUUUACCUCACGUAUGUGCAGAAGACUGGGCUAGAGAAAGGAGGUUCUGCUUUGUCUGUUCUUCAUUUAAAUAGUAUCAACUGCAUACCGAUGUUGUUGUUGUUCACUGCUUUGAAUGGACAUUUAGUAAAAGGCUUCCAGUUUCCAGGAUUCUCUCAAAUCGGAUUUCUGGUGUACUUCACCCUAAACAUAUUUCUUGGUUGUAUUCUCAAUUACUCUUUAUUCUUAUGUGCUACUAAAAACUCAGCUUUGACUACCAGUUUUGUGGGUGUUAUCAAAGGCGUUAUCACUACCAUCAUUGGAUUCUUUACCUUCGGUGGUGUCCACUUCACCUUCCUCGCUGUUGGUGGAGUAACGUUAAACGCAAUAGGAGGUGUUUUAUACACGUAUGUGAAAUAUAAGGAAAAGAAAAGCCAAAUUCAUCUCCUAUUAAACACGCCUUUAAGGUCUCCAUUAAGAAGAAGUGAUUCGAAAACCGGUGAGACUGCAAACGGUAUGAUUACAAGACAUAGACUUGACUCGGGUUGCGACACUGACGAAUCGAUGAAACCGAAUGGGCACGUAACUAUCGAUUUCUCUAGGUAGCAUUUUGUUAAAUUUUUUAUUAGGUUGUAGGGGGUUGGUAAUUAUAAACUUAUUGCACCACAAUUUAUCCUGCAUUUUACAUACAGCUGGCUGUGCUAGGGUGGUGGGUAAAUUACUAAACAAGGUACAGAGCAACGAGGGAACCGUUUAUCCGCGAAAAUUUCUACCGUAAGUAUAGUCACGGGCAGAACCAUAUUUUGGCCACAUAUAUCUUUGUGCAUAUGGGGACUACUCAUCCGCAAAAAGAAUUUCCACAAAGAUUUCUUUCGCAAAUAUUUUGUAACCUUUUUGACCUUCUCGGCUUUGUCUGACAAAGUUGACAAUUUUUAUCUUAAACAUUUACUCAGGUUGAUUCUACUAUACGCCAUUUAUUACAUCGCAUUACUAAUUGUACUUUUCUUUUAAAAGAAUGACACUAAAUAAUUUAUAUUUAUUAGAUAUUUAAAUAUUACUAUUGGAUGGGUAUAUUUUUAUGUAGUUUAACAUUUUUACUGAUAUGCCACAGUUUUUAGUGCCCCGAACUUUUCGUUAUUUCGAAUAAAAAAUUGCAAAAUGUCUUGUCCAUUCGUCUAAGAAAAAGCUGUGGCUUGAGAUGUCAAGACUUCUUCAACUGCUUUUACAGCAAUCCGGUUUCAGGAAUACUGCUGAGAAUAUGAAUUUCUGUAAAAAAAAGAUCUGUUGUGAUUUCUACGGUUAAGAAUUUCUUUUGUCGAGUUUUAUUUUCAAAUACUUCACUCAGAGAUGUGGAUAAUUUUUAUUAAUAUAUUUACUUAAUGUAUUUUUAUAUUGUUCGUAUUUUUUUUGUUAGUUGCUGCAUACUUUUUCUUUCUUCUAAUAUAUAAUUCUUUCUUAUUC